CUGUUCCAGUUGUAUUUCAAGAGGCAGAGGAAGAAUAGGGCACUCAGGAGCUGUGGGUUCCACCCUGGGACUGUCAAUCUUGUAUGGAUUUGUGUGUGUAGAUUGUGAGUCAUGGAGUCAGCAAAUAGCACACACUUUGAGAACAUCACGAAGGAAGCCUGUCAAAAAGAGUAUGUCAUUCAGCAGUUGAGAAUAACAACCCAGCAUCAGAAUGAUAGUCUAGAAGCUUUGCAAAUGGUAAAACUCCCUCUGGGAACAGAGAUGGCAGAAAAUGCAAUAGAGAAACUAAAAACAGGAAGCAAGGAGAAGCAAUCUAAUGAUUUAGAGAGGCUGGGCCUUAAACGUAAGAUGGAGGGUGAUGAGAAGCCAGUGAUGAGGAAAGAUCCACGCCUACUGGAACAAGACAACUUGGUUGCAACCAUGUUGCUGUCCCAUAUCCCCCUGAAAAGUCUUCUAGAAGUAGAAAUGAAGUUGAUUUACACGGAUGAAGAGAACGUUUCCUAUGAGUUCCUAGAACCUCAGCGUCCCAGUGGCGCACAACCCAAGCCCUCAGAUGUUGGAGGCACAGAUAGCCAAGGUCUUCAGCCCCAGAUGGAUAAGUGGCUUCAGGUAUCCUUGAAAGAUGCAAGCACCUGCUACAGACAGAAGAAGUACGCCAUGGCAGCUGGGCAAUUCAGGACAGCUCUUGAGCUAUGCAGCAAAGGUGCAGCUGUAGGGAAGCCCUUUGAAGCCUCUCCAAGAGAUAUUUCAAGUAUUGCCAGUUUUAUUGAAACCAAGCUUGUAAUUUGCUACUUGAAGAUGAGAAAACCUGACCUUGCUCUGAAUCAUUCUCACAGGAGUAUAAUUCUGAACCCUGCCUAUUUUCGCAACCAUCUUCGUCAAGCUGCCGUCUUCCGAUGCUUAGAGCGAUAUUCCGAGGCUGCAAGAAGCACCAUGAUUGCUGACUACACGUAUUGGCUGUCUGGAGGAAGAGACCAGCAUACCAGCAAGCUCAUCAAACUGUAUUGGCAGGCUAUGAUUGAAGAAGCUAUCACAAGGGCAGAAUAUUUUUCAGUGAUGUAUACUCCUUUUGCCAUAAAAAUAAGGGCUGAAAACACAGACAAGCUAAAGGAAGUUUUUAUCAGAAAGCAUCCUGACUAUGUGGAAUACAUAUAUACAGACUCUCACGGAUUGCACAGUUUGCCCCAAACUGCUGACUGGUCUUGUCCAUCUUCUCAGUCCUAUUUGCUGACCCUGGGCCUGAAAAACAAAGAAGUUGGAAAAUUUUUAGAAAAAAUGUCUUGUAGAAAACUGCCAACAUUUUCAGAGCACAAAGCUCCUUUCAGCCCUAUCACAAAAGAUGAGGCUCAGAGACACCUAGAGACCAUUGGAAAAAGGAUCUUACCAAUAAUGGAUUUUAUUAGAGGCACCAAAUUAACGGAAUCCUUCUGUGCAUGUUCAGGUGUGAUAGAAAAGCUGCAAUAUGCAAGCCUCCUUGGACGCUUGCAGCGUAUCAAGGAACAAUCUCCAGUGAUCAAUCAAGCUAUGGCUGAGCUUGCCACUAUUCCUUACCUCCAGGAUAUCAACCAGCCAGAUGCUGAACUGCUGCAGUCACUAAUGGCAGAUGCCAUGGACACCCUCGAAGGAAGGAAAAGUGGUAAAGAACGUGUCUGGAAUAAAAUUCAAAAGGUUGGAAUUAUAGAAGACUUCCUAUACCAAUUAGAAGAUAGUUUCUUAAAAACCAAGAAACUCAGAACAGCAAGACGACAGAAAAUGAAAAUGAAGCGGCUUCAGAGCGAACAGCCAUGCUAGGCCUACUAAGGAGAGGCUCAUAUCCUGUGCCAGAAAUGGCAAGAGAGA